AUGAAAAUACCACUCAUCUUAUUAUGUUUACAAAUCUCCUUCUCUAAAGCUAGACCUACAGAUACCUCAGAAUAUCUCAAGGUUUCUGAAAAAUUACUACGUGAACAAAAUCUUGGCUUUUCGGAAGACUCUUGGGAUUGGGACCUUGUAACACAAGAAAAAAACAAAUUGUCUGACAUUGAUUCAGAUUCAAAUGACUCAGAUACCAGUCAUCAUGGUGGAGAUAGGAUGUUCUUGGGUGCAAUGGGAUUGGAAGCACUUGUGAAAAAAGAUCAACCAGAUUUGAACCACAUUGAAGACAGUGAUAUCACAGAACAGGGUAAGGAGACACCAGAAAAAAUCAUAGCACCCAAAGGAAAAGACAAACUCUGGAAUUCAUGGAAUGUGUUACAUGAGAGUACUGAUCAAACUUUCAAAUGGUCUGACCCAUUUGAGUUUUGUAGUGCAUGA